UCCCAGGUGGACCUAGCAAUUUCCUCCCGCCUUCUAGUAGUACGAUUGCAAGCAAGCAAGACUGCAAGAGCAGAGACUCGUCAACCGGCGAGAAGAAGCACCCACGUAAAAAGGAAAAAAGAAAAGGCGAAGUAACUCGGUUCCUGCGGUCAAACCUGGAGGAUCACAAGUGCAUCAGCAUGAGCAUAUAUACUCCCCCAAACAACCCAUCUUAAUUCCGCAUCAUCGUCAUCAUCUCUCGCUCUCGAUCUACCGCGUGACCGGCCGGCCGUCCCGUAUUUCCGCUUCAGUUUCUUCGAAGCUGCCGUGGCCCUUCCACACUCAGGCUCUUCCUGUCAAUCUACGCCAUACUGUUGGCACAGGCCAGAUUGCUGCUCCUGGCCUCCUGCACGUAUAGGCUGCUAUGCAGGAAGGAGGAGGAGGAGAGAUGCAGGUGCUGCUGAGCAUCCUGGCUGAAGGCGAGGAGCAGGCGAGGCGGCUCCUGCUGCACGAUGGCGACGGCAAGGAGUGCUGCCGGGCCGUGGCGGGCCAGCUGGGCCGCACGCUCGGGAAGGCAAUGGCCGUCGCCAAGGCCAUCCAGGCCGCCGGUGGCGCCGCGUCGGCGGGCACCGACGACCGAUCCGACUCGCCGCGGUCGGCGGACGAGAGCUCCGCCGCGCAAGUGCAAGUGCAGGAACGGCAAAGCGUGUGCAAGAGAAGGAAGGGCCUGCCAAAAUGGACUGAGAAAUUCCGAAUACCAGAUACAAAUCUAGAGUACACUCCAGACGACGGGUUCAGCUGGAGGAAGUACGGCCAGAAGGACAUUCUCGGAGCCAAAUUUCCAAGGGGUUACUACCGGUGCACGUACCGGACGGCGCAGGGGUGCCCGGCGACGAGGCAGGUGCAGCGCUCUGACGCCGACUUGGCCGUCUUCGACGUCACCUACCAGGGCGCCCACACCUGCCACCAGAUCAACCAACGCCACCCCGUCCCCGUCCCCGUCCCCGCGCCUCAUCCUCCUCCUUCCGCCCACGCGCACGGCGGCAUCCAUCCGCCGCCGCCGCCGCAGAACCCGGAUCUGCAGCUGCUCGCGACCUUCAAGGACGGCCUCAAGGUGGAGACCGACCACGGGCCACCGGCGCCGACCUCGUCCUUCCAGAUCCACGGCCUGCACCACGGCGCCUCCUUCCCCCCCUUCCCCUACGCGGCGGCGGCGGCGGGAUUCCCCUCCUCCCCGGGGUUCGUGUCGCCGGGGCCCGCGACGGCGCCCGCGGCGGCAGGCGGGUCGGGCUACUUCUCUUCCGCGGCGUCGGAGCUCGGCGCGGUCGUCUCCGCGGCGACAUCAUCGGCGGCUGCGGCGGUGGAUCCUGCCGGCGGGUUCGAGGACUACCCGCUGUUCCAGUACGACGAGUACCACCAGCUGCAGCAAGACGAUCUGGACCCGGACCUGCAGUUCCCGGCCAUGUUUGGCGGCCACCCUUCCGCCUCUUCUUCUUCCCCUGGCCAACAACAGUAACACAACAGAGACGCGUGAAUCUGUAACAAGAAACUCGUAGAAUCGAAUUAAGUACCGUAGGUUAAUUAUCGUGUUGUGCAUCAUCCGUCAUCAUCGGUCGAGCAGUAAAUCUGAACUUUGUGGAACGACGGC